UGUUACAAUAGGACUUUCAACAGGAUCAGCACUUCUAUUUCUGAUGUUGAUGGCAGUGUGCUACCGGUGUCGAAAUGUCGUGAGAUGUGACAGAGGCACCCAAGCGGCCUUCCCUCUACCCGACAGUGUGGAGGAACACAAAGAUACCCCCGCUGUUGAGUACCAUGGGUAUUGUGAAAUACUUGAGGACGACGACAACAGGAGUCACCAGCCUAUCAUGAACCCAGAAGAAGGAAGUGAUUCUCCAAUGCCUGUUUUGGCAGACUGUUUCCCUGCAGCAGGACACGAAGGUGGAGGAGGAGGGCCAUCAAACACCCGACAAGUGCGGGAUGUCUGUGUCGAUGACACAAGCACUGUCGUCAACUACAUAUUGCCAGUUGAGUGAUACUGAAAAACGUGACGUAUAUAUUCUGUAGGCAUGUGUUACGGUGUUUCUGAAUUUCCAAUCUAUUCACCCGUUAAGGUCCGGUUUAGAACUGAUCUUCAGUAACACAUGCUUGUCGUAAGAGGCAACUAACGGGAUCAG